AUGGCCAAUUUGAAGACGGAGACCAAGUCGUUCGACUACAUCACAAACCUGCCGGUGCCGGUGAAGGUCAAGAGUGACAACCCCCAAGCCUCUUCCAUCUCCAACGACGAUGAUACCCGCCCUACCACAUGCGAACUGGUCGAGGAGCUCUUGGGGGCGCUGCAGUCCGAAGCUCAUCCUUGGAACGCGCAGCAGAAUCGGCCGGCGAUCGACACCAUGUUGGCCAACAUCUCUCAGGCAGUCAAGACUAGAGCCAACACCCAGACACACAUCUACAUCAACCGAUACGACAUCGGCCACGCGCGAAACCGAUACGAGCUCAAGAUAGCACACACCCAGCGCAAGCAACAUCUCACUCGGAUCAAGCUCGAAAUGAAGAGGGCUUUGCAGCAUCUUGAGGCUGUCGAAGAGGCUGAAGACCAGCCAGCCAGUGUCAUGGACGCAAUGGCACGGAAGCGCAUGGCCAGUGAAGCCUUCUGUGGACAGGUCGAUGUCAUUGAGAAGUUGAGCAAGCGACUCAAGCCUUUUUGCAGCGAAAAGGGACCGGAAUAUGGACAUGGGCAGGAAUCGGUAGUGGAAAAGGAAGACAAACAUGAACACCAACACGAACACGAACAUGAACACGAACAGGAAGAUGAACACCACUACGAAGACGAACACCACUCCGAAAACGAAGAGGAUCUGCAUGAACACGAACACGAACACGAACAUGAAAACGAGCCAGAUCUGAUCGAUGGUAUCAAACAAGAAGACUACGAGCGCUUCUUCUUUGCUUAA